AGCAACAGCACCACCACCACCUCACUGCACAAUCUCCCAGAUGGAAGACCGUCUGGUCGUCAAUGCAUAUCGCCAAUUAUAUAAAAAGGGUCUGCAAGCCGUCAGACGUGCAACCCCGGCGCGCCAUGUCCUGAGGAACACGUUGAGGACCUCCUUUCGAUCCGAGAGUCGAGCCGAAUUCGAUCUAACCAAGAUUGCACGCACUCUGGAGUUCCUUGAUCGUGCGGCCGAGUCUACUAGCUACGAACAUAAGAUACUCAAGAACUUGCUACAUGUCCGAUACUACGAACAACCCUCCUCACGGGUCGAGAAGGAGGCGAAGAUUGACUACAUUUCGUCUUUAUUCAUUGAGCCGAUCUUACGACACGCUCGCCGAUUUUCUCAGCUCCCCGAAUUAUCCGCAUCGGACGACGAAUCACUCCCGCCUUCCCCAGGACACCAUGACCUCGACGAGCCUGCUCAGUCAGCACUCCUGCAACUCCCGAUUCCUUCACCGCAGAAAUUCAUCAGUGAUGUGCCUCACUCAGUAACACGGAGUGCCCUGUUAGACACGGAUCUCGACUGUGCUCAAAGACGAUUGGUGGCAUGUAGGGCGUCAGACUCUAAUGACGACGUGAGACUAGGGACAAUGGACGCUUCUCAAAGCCAACAAGUUAGCAGCGAUGAAGAUACCCGACAGCUUCCAUCACAUCCAGCCACAAACACCUAUACAGAGAGCAAUACCGGUGGAAUAACAUCUACGCCGAGCGAUGCGACUGGCGAUCGAUCUCCUGGUUCUAAACUGCGUGAACUACCUGAAGAUGAUGGUAUGACUGACCUGCGAAGGAGAAUACAUGCUAUCAGAGACAACGAUGCAAGUGGUAUCCAAAAAGCGCGGUUGAUCCAUUCCUUGAUGAUCGAGAGCUACGAAGCUGCGCGCAAGACAUUCAGUGAACGACCGACAUCAUCACAAUCUCCACCCCGCCCCCGAAGUCGAGAGCGCUCUGUAACCUCUUCACCACCAAGAACAAGGCGCAGUCCCAACAGGGAUCCCAAUGAUUAUAUAGAACGGAGACCAGGUACCCCUCUCAGAAUAUACUAUAAUGUGUCCCCCCAAGACUUGGAACCAACGUUCGCGCCAAAAGAUAUCGAUGUUACUGUGGACAAUAACGAGGAGUCCUUGGCUGAAAAGCCCGUGCCAUCAACUGAAAAUGAUGACAUCUUUAGCAACAGCGAUUAUGCGGACGAGGAUGUGCUGGUUCUGGGCUGCCCGCAUUAUAAGCGCAAUGUCAAGUUGCAAUGCUAUACGUGCAGGAAAUGGUAUACAUGCCGAUUUUGUCAUAAUCAGCUCGAAGACCACCCUCUCGAACGUCAAAAGACCGAGAACAUGCUCUGCAUGCUAUGUGGACUUCCUCAGCCGGCAGGACAGUGGUGUAAGGGAUGUGGCGAACAAACGGCUUCAUACUUUUGUGCCCUCUGUAAGUUAUGGGACAAUGAUAGCUCGAAGAGCAUCUAUCACUGCUAUGACUGUGGAAUCUGCCGUAUUGGACAGGGUAUCGGGAAGGACUUCUUUCAUUGCAAAACCUGCAGUGUAUGCAUGCCGAUCUCUAUCGAAAAUACCCACCGCUGUAUUGAGCGCUCAACACAAUGUGACUGUCCGAUCUGUGGCGAAUAUAUGUUUACCUCACCAGAUACUGUCGUGUUCAUGAAGUGUGGGCACAGCAUCCAUCAGAAGUGUUAUGACGAGUUUUCCAAAAGUUCGUAUAGGUGUCCGAUCUGCAGUAAGAGUAUCAUGAACAUGGAGGCUCGGUUUAGGAAUCUCGACCGUACCAUCGAAAGCCAACCGAUGCCAAGCGAGUUUGAAGACACAAGGGCUAUGAUAUAUUGUAAUGACUGCGGUGCCAAGUCAAACGUUCCGUAUCAUUGGCUUGGUUUGAAGUGUGAUUUGUGUGAAUCAUAUAAUACAGCACAGCUUCGACUUCUUCGUGGAGAUGGCGAGACUACUGAAUCCGAGCUAGUUUUGAGAACCAGGGCUAUUCCCGUUAACAUCCCAGACCACAGCUUUGAAUCCAUGUCAGCAACUAGAUUGGGAGCGGAACAUUUCUCCAGAGAUGCGAAUGAUCGUCGGCGACCAUCCACUGCAACUUCCGCCAACGGACACCCGAUCCCACCCCGCCGGCGGGCAGUGUCACCUACGGUUGGGAACUACUUUGAAUUGUCUCGAGACUCAACCUGGGCUGCAUCCAUCUUCUCUAGUCGUCGAAGUGAAGGAGGCAACGACGAUGAUGAUGAGGAGGAACCUGGCUUCUGGGCUACUUCGCCUUUACGAAAAUACUCCUUUUUUAGGAAACACACCGGGUUAAGUGAUGACGAAAGUGACAGUGACAAUGAUAGCGGAACUACAAAUGAUAUAGAAGAUGAAGACGAAGACGACAACGAUGUGGAAGAAGACGAAGAGGAUGAGAUGGAUGCCAUUGAGAUUUUUGGUCAUCGCUGAAAUCUCUUUACAUUCUAACACCCGUAACGGGGUUGUCUAACAGAUGACCACAUUCCUACUACCGUCUUUGACGCUUUGGGUUUAUGUAUAAGUAGCAUUUUUUAUAUCCAGGUUACAAGAUGACCUUCGAGUGGUAUAGAACUAUGCUGAAUCUCCUACGACUCCGGCUUUCUGCGCCUGAUAGAAGCGUGUCCGGUUAAUGCUUUGGUUGGCCUGAAAAAGUGUCCGUCAACUUAAAUCAGGCCAUCAUGCUAUAUUAUCCUGUAACCACUACUUUAUGAAGACUUUAUGAUACAUAAUGAAAGUUCCACUUUUAUAGGUGAUAAGGGAGACCAUUCAAAGGGGAAGGAUAUAAAAUCUAGGGAUGGAAAUCAGGUUGAACUGCACUCAAAGUCGUAUAUUAUAGAAAAACUCAAUCAAACACCUAUUCUCACCUCUGUACAGAAUCAAUACUCAAUUUAAAUACAUGCCAUGCUUCGUGGAUAUCAUUAUUGACGAGGAAAAGAGACGAACAAUAAAUGCAUCCUGACAAAACAAUAAUCAACAAGACCAAAUCAGGAAGACACUCAACCAGUCUUCAGGGAUAGUAGUAAAAUGUAAGAUAUAAGAAUAUGUACGAUUUCAGAAGACCGGCGAAAAAAUCCAGAAACGCCAAUGCUUAGAAACCCCAAUCAAGCCAAUAAUUUUCCAUUCCUAAAUAUCAGGAACGUCUUUCAAUCCAAGUGACCCUUCGCGUCGUCUCUGACUAUCUCGUUUCAUCGAGAGUUCAUUCUUAGCACGGCGAAGACUCUCGCCGAUUUUCUUAGCCUUGGCCCAUUCUCGGCUCAUGCUUUGC